AUGAAAGACAGAGAGAAUUCAUUUGCUGUAUCCCCAUUCAUCAGUGAUAAUAUUUGGUCUUACAUGAAUAGUAAAGACUGGAAGGUGAUUGGAAACUCAUUUAGAACGCGGUCGAAUAGUAUAAAUAGCCAUCCGCCUAAGCCAGCUACACUUGCUGACCAAAAAGAAGGCAGAAAAAGAAGUAUGUCCCUAAAUAACAUAAAUUUGUACAACUCUCUACCAGAGAUAGCACCACUCAUAAACAAUACGGCGGAAUUACACAGUGCAAUUGGCUCUAGAACAACCCACCAGAUAUACUCAGAAAAAGCUAGCCUGGCACAUCUUAGGCGGCACUCUUUGGAUCCGGCUUUGUUUCAGUCAGUAGCACAGAGGGCGGCAGAAACAAUCAGAGGAGAGACAAGCAGGGCAGGUGGGUACUUUGGUGGCAGUAUAUGCAUUGUACAGUUUGGCAGUGGAUGCAGGUGUUUUGGUAUAUAUAAAGGUAUUUUUCUUACCAAAGGUACUUUUGUAAUAAUAGAGGCAGACAGAGGAGAGGACUGUGGCUCUGUCAUCGAUGAAUCAAUUAACCCCGAGUGCAUAUCAGAGGUGGCGGAAAAGAACAAUAUAUCUUCUCUAGACGCAAAGAAAAUAUAUAGAAUUGCAACAGAUAAUGAUAAGAUUUUGCUACUUGAACAAAACGAGUUAGAACAGACGGCCAUAAACAAUUGUAGGCAAAUGGUUAAAGAAAAGAAAUUGCCCAUGGAGAUAGUUAGUGCUGAAUACCAGUGGGACCGCAAUAAGUUGACAUUCCAUUUUAAAAGCGACAAAAGAAUUGACUUCAGAGAGUUAGUUAAAGAACUGUAUAAGACAUAUAAGACGCGAAUAUGGAUGUGUGCUGUGGAAAAAAAGGGAAGCAAGAACAUAAUAUAUAAACAUGAAUAAAAUAGUCCUGUACAAGAAGG